AUGGCAUUAGGCCGGAGGGGAUCUGUGGUGCAUGCGGCUCGCACGUCCAGCCGUGGGGGUCUUCGCGAUCCCCUUUCCCGCGGUGGUCGAUGGGAAGGAAAGGGCGAGGCCCCCUUUUUCGAGCAAAGGCGCUUUUCCUUCAAUUACGCCCGCCGAUCCUCGAUGGAUGAGAUGCGGCAGCCCUUUUACAUCCACGAAAAGCGCUACGGCCUCUUCAGCAAUGAGCAUAACGUGGGGAAGGCGCGGCGGGGGUUGCCUUUUAUCACCCCCCUCUUUACGAAACACAUGAACCUCUGGGAGACGGAUACCGACGCGAGCACGAAUCGCUUCUUCCGCAGCUACGUCUUUGGGCAGCGGGAGCUCUCCCAGCUCCUGGGGCGGCCGCACGGCUUCGAGGCCGACGACAGCGGGGGCCGCCAGGGCCUUUCCGCGUACGAACUUCGCACGGACCUCCGCUACCGCGGCGUCCCGCGCGCGGCGAUGACGGAUUCGCACGUUGAGCCCGUGUGGAACGCGCCGCUUUACCGCCCGCGCGCGAACGGGAGCGCGCUGGCGGAUCCAGGGAGCCCCUUCACCGCGGCGGUUCUCGGCCCCGAGCUGCUCGCGGUGCGGGAUAUCAAAACCCUGACGGACUGUCAGGCGUGGUUCGCGCGGCUGGAGCACCUCAUCCGUCGGCAUUACGACGCCGUUGGCGACCUCGACGCCUUUCGCUCGCGGCAAACGCGCCACGUCCACGCCUUCUUCGUCGCCUUCGAGGACGCGCUGAGUGGGUUUGAGUUUCAGGAUCGCUACCUCGCCACGGCGCUCGCGCGGGCGCGGCCGGCCGGCCUGGAGGACCUCUUCGGCAUCUUCCUCGAGAUGGAGGGGAACACGAUCGCGGAGGGGUAUUGCCCGCGGUGCAGCCUCCCGUACGCGACGACGCGGUAUUGCGGGGAGGGGGACCCGGAGACGCCCUUUCGGCGGCAUCGCGGCCGCUGGGCGCCGCACCCGCGGUGGGGGGAGGAGUGGUACGCCGUGGUCGUCCGCCGCGCCGAGGCGCUUUGGGAUCGCGCGACGGAGGACCCCUUCUUCGGGACCCCCCACCACACCCAACGCCAGGCCGAGGCCCUCUUCCGCGUCUACGUCAAGGCGAGGCGGCGGGCGAAGGCGGUGGACUUCGUGAACGCCCUGCGCGGCUCCAAGGAGUUCCUCCUCGGCGAGAUUCAGCUCUCCCGGGUGAUCCAGGACGGGCUGGACGACCUCCUCGACCACACCCCCCAUCCGCACCUCCUGACGAACGCCUUCCGGGUCGAUCACCGCGCGGCGGUCUACACCGGGGAGACGAACACGGCCCCGCAGUCCCCGCUGCAGGUGCGGCUCGAUCUCGAGAUCAAUAAAUACCGCCGGCAGCAAAAGGAGGAAGGGGUGGUGCGGGUGCCGCCGGCGCUGUGGCGGUUGGAUACCCGCGCGAUCGUCCCGUAUAAACUCGACGCCAACAAGCAGAUCACGAACUGGCGGGAGGUCAAAGAGGGCAUCGAGACCUCCUUCCUCGCCACCGGCCUCCCCAAGGCCGCCUACACCCCGCAGGAAUGGCGGGAGAUGCUCUACUGGGAGGAUUACCUCGCCGGGCGAACCCAGCGCCGCGCCGCCCUCGAGGCGGAGCGCCGCCACGACGCGCGCCUCGCCGGCGAAUCGCCCUCCCCGAGGCCUUUUAUCGUCUUCCCGGAUCGCCAUUGGUAUCGCGUGUUCGAUACCUCGCCGGAGGCGCUUGGGAAGUUCGGGUUCGACGAGCCCGGGGUCGUCUUUACCGCGGCCACGCGCACCUUCGAGGCGGCCACGGCGGUCGCCCUCACCGAUCCCGUCUCCGGCGCCGCCCUUCGGCUGAACACGACCUUCGAGGCCUCGCGGUGGUUUGGCGAUUUUGAGUACGGCGACGUCGUCGAGGUGGACGAACGAAAGGGCGAAGAAGGGGAGGAACCAACGGCGAGCGCGAGGGCGGUCGUCGUCGUGGUCGGGGUGGAUACAAGCGACGCCGCCGGGGAGGAGAUGUUGUACGCGAUGCACGUCGAUCGCGCGAGGCACGCCCGGAACGGGCUGUUGGCGCUCGGAAAAGACUGCCUCGACAUCCGGCAACGCUUUGCGCGGGUGCGAAACACCCAUCGCAAGCGUCUGAUUCCCCUUCUCGACGGGGAAGGCGGUGGCGGCGGCGGGGUGGGGAUGCGGACGAUGCCGGAGGAAUCCCUCGGGCAGGUGGUUGGGGUGCGAGACGGGGAGUUGUACGUGCAGUGGCGGCUUUUAAAAGGCGGGGCGAGUCGAAUGGACCGGGAUGUGGCGGUCAGCCUCGGCCCCCCGGAGCGGGUUCGCGCGUUGUAUCGGUUUCAGCCCCGUGAAGGAGAGGGGGGGGGGAGGCGUUGGUGGAGCCGCCGUCGUGGCGGACGCCCUUCCGCAACGACUUCGCCGAGGAGCGGCUGGCGGCGCUCCGGCGCGGCCCCUUCGCGCGCGAGCAAUGGGCCUCCCUCAUCGCGGGCAAAUACACCCCCAAGGUGA